AUGCCACGCCCACGUCACUCAUCACCAAACCCCCACCUCUCCCUCCAACCCAUCAGCCUCCUCGCCCUAGCUCUCACAAGCCCAGCCUCCGCACAACAACAAAACGACACUUCCUCUUCCGGGCCCGGCACCAAACGUGGUCUAUCCUGGAUCGGCACUUCGCACUCGGACGACGACAACCUGCUCUUCACCUCCUCGGCUUCCCCGCUGACCUGGUACAAGACCUGGAGCUCCUGGCCGAUCCGGUCAGCGCGCCGUCUCGAGUUCGUGCCGAUGAUCCACUCGCUAGAGAAUAUCGAGCAGGAUCUCUCGAAUAUCCGCGGCGGGAACGCCAAGUACGUCUUAACGUUCAAUGAACCUGACGGUAAUACGGACAGCGGAGGCACGAGUAUCGAUGCCGAAGGUGCGGCGGAGGCGUGGGCGGAGAUUGCGAAGCUGCGUGAGGAUGGGCAUAUGAUCAGCCUGCCGGCUACGACGGGGAGUGGGCCUGGAUUCGAGUGGCUGGAGGAGUUCAAUGAGUCUUGUUGGCAGCGCUAUGAGGAGACGGGCUGCGAAUUCGACUUUGUCGCUGCGCACUGGUAUGGCGCGUUCGAGGGGCUGGCGGCCUGGUUAGGGAGGCUGCACGAGGCGUGGCCCGAUCAGAAAAUCUGGGUCACGGAGAUGGCUUUGCCGCAGCCCGCAGAUGAGGAGGAGGUGUUGGGCAUGAUGAAUCAGAGUCUGAGGUGGAUGGAUGAGACAGGCUGGGUGGAACGGUAUGCGUGGUUUGGCGCAUUCAGGGACGAUGAGGCCAACAGUUGGACGGGAGAUGUGGUGAGUCUGUUGGAUGAUGAUGGUGGCUUGACCGAGUUGGGGUCCGUGUACAUGGGAGGUGAAGCUGAGGGCUUCCCAGUUGGAAAGUCGGAACAGGGUGUGGCGGCAGGGUUGAAAGUGCAGUGGUCACUGGUGGCGGCUUCGUUAUCAGUUGCAAUGGCGGGUUGGUUUUGGCGAUGA